GCCGUGAAGUUGCCUCUCUUCCUGGAAGACAUUGCAACCCUCUUCUCCACGGAGGGCCACGCGGGCAUUGCAGUGCCUCCGAUCCUUCUGGGAGAACAUCUGGGCAUAACAACAGGUGCAGCUGCAGUCCUACUGGAGCGCGUGACAUCUGAGGAGUUCACGGCCUCCCUGGAGGCUCUUCCCGAGCUCUUCCACGAAGCUACACUGCCGGCCAGGGACUCGGCGAUUCGUGACCUGGUGCAGCUGAUGUCUUGCCUGCGAUGUGGCCGCGAAGAUUAUAGUGCUGCAGCAGCACUGCAAGUCAGCGAGGCAUUGAUCGCCUGGGAGUUGCCUUUGCAUUCGCGGCCGAGCAACAAGAAGCGACCCGUUCCGAAGUCCACGCGCCCACCGCCACGGCCACCAGACGCCGCUGGGCAUCGAGCUGUGCAGUGGGGCUGGCAGGCGAUUCGCGAGCUGCGGGACGCUUCGGCCAACGCACUGCCGGCCCUGAAAGGGGAUGUGGACGAGCUCUGGCCGCUACUUUGGCUGGUGCCGAGCCUUCAUCGCUCGCUGCAGCUUUUGCAGGCCAUCCACCUCUCCUGGAUGCAGAAG